AUGACGUCAGCUCUCCGCGGCUCCCGGCUAGCGCCGCCUGCGGCGGUUCUCGUUGUCCUGCUCCUCGCCGCGACGGCUGGCGGGGUGCGCAGCGGAUCCGGGGGGAAUGCGGCGGCGGGCUCCCGCAAGCUGGUCGCGGGCGGAAGCGGGAACAAUGCCGCGCUGGCGGAGCUCGUGAAGGAUACCCCCCAUGCUUCCGCGGAGGGGGAAACGCUUGUGGUGAAGGAUUCUGCGCCUUCUUCCGCCAGUGGCAAUGCGGCGGAGGCGGAGGCACAGAUUCCGGCACUGCAGCUGAUCAUUGCGGAAGAAGGGCGCGCGGAGGGCGCGGUGUGCUUGGACGGAUCGUCCCUCGGGUUUUACUAUCGAAAGGAAUACGGCUCAGAACGCAAUAACUGGGUCCUGUAUUUCGAGAGCUGCGCGCGGCGAGCGGGCUCGCGCCUGGGCUCGACGGACCUGUGGCCGUCCGCGGCGGAGAUGGAGGCCGCUCGGAGCGACAACAAGAACGGCAGCAUGAACGGCAUGCUCAGCGCCAACCGCUCCGUCAACCCCGACUUUUACAACUGGAACGCCAUCUACUUCAUCUACUGCGAUGGCGGCUCCUUCUCAGGCGACGUAGACGCGCCCGUUCACUUCAACGUGAGCUGCCUCUCCGCCUGUCCACCUCUCUGCCUCUCUGCAUCUCUGCCUCUCUGCCUCUCUGCCUCUCCUUCUCUCCUUCUCUCUGCCUCUCCGCCUCUCCGCCUCUCCUUCUCUCCUUCUCUCCGCCUCUCCCCCUCUCCGCCUCUCUGCCUCUCCACCUCUCCGCCUCUCCGCCUCUGUGCAUGUAUGCUUCUCCUCCCCCUCCCCACCCCACAGCCUCUCCGCCUGUCCACCUGUCUGCCUCUCUGCCUCUCCUCCUCUCCUUCUCCCAUUCUCUCCUUCUCUCUGCCUCUCCUUCUCUCCUUCUCUCCUUCUCUCCUUCUCUCCUCUCCUUCUCUCCUCCUCUCCUUCUCUCCUUCUCUCCGCCUCUCCUUCUCUCCGCCUCACUGCCGCUCUGUCUUUUCGCCACUGUGUUGCUUCUCCCUGUUAAUAUUCCCCUCUCUCCGUUUCAUCUCCCCACCCCGCGGCGUGAUGCCGUACAUGAGGGAAAGGAUAAGCUGCCCUCUCCCCUCUCUCCCCUCACCUGAGGGAAGGAGAAUCGCGGACGUGCUACUGAAGCGUCUGCUGAAUAAGAUGGGGCUCGACCACGCAGACACGGUGCUUGUGUCAGGGUGUUCAGCGGGAGCGGUGGCUCUGCUGGUACACUGCGAUGGGAUUAAAGACACUCUUAAAGCCCUCUCUCCCUCCGUGGGAGUGCGCUGCCUCGCUGAUUCCUCCAUGUUCCUCAACGUUGCGGACAUCAACAACACCAACAAGGUGGAGAGCUUCUUUAUUGAAGUCAAGGACAUGCAUGUGAGCGCUACAUGCACCCUUAUGCCAUCUCGGACUCUCCCCGCCUCUCCCUGCCUCUCCUCGCCUCUCCUCGCCUCUCCCCACCCCUCCUCGCCUCUCCCCGCCUCUCCUCGCCUCUCCUCGCCUCUACCCGAUCACAAUCUGACUGACAGCCUCCCGGCAGCAUGCAUUGCUGAGCGAGAGCCAGAGAGGCACCACGAGUGUUUCAUGCCCAGACAGCUGCUCCAGUUCGUCUCCACACCGCUCUUCCUGAUUAACAGCAACUACGACAAAGUGGUGUUGAUGGCCAUAGGAGCCCCCCAGGUGCUGGAUACGGGAUACCGUCACCAUCCGAAUUGCUUCAACAAUCUCACAGAGUGCACUCCCGCCGAGAAAGAAGUUGUUGAGAAUUACCGCAAAAAGUUGGCUACGGCAGUGGCUCCACUCCUCCAGACCAGCGCACAACCCUGCGCACUGCAAAUGGGGUGCUGUCAGCCGUUGGAUGCACCUUGA